UUCCAAGAUGGAGGCUGUUGUGUUGACAACUGAGACAAACCAAACCAUGUAGAAUCGGACAGAUUGCCGCUCUUUACUUCUAUAUCUGACCACAAGGAGAGUGGGGCUUGUUACAUAUUCUAGCACAAAGAGGACUGGAGAGUUGAGACCAUGUCCACCCCUGCCUCCUCCUCGGGCAUGUCCUCCCUGAAGACCCAGGAGGUCCUGCCUGCCCUCAGACAGAUGAUGAAGAACCUGGAGCCCAACAUCCGGGCAUCAGGGUCCAUGGACGCUGCCGAGGACCUCAUGUUACACCUGGAGGAGAGGGACCCAUCCUUCCACAGGUAUGAGUUUGUGAAGCUCAUUCGAAGCAACAUAGAGGAGUCCCUUGGUCCCCUGAUGGAUGAAGAGAUAGAGAAGUACGCGAGAAGUGGUCAGGCGUACGACACAGGGCAGGACACUGUGGUGCAGACCAUGGUAGCACACCUGGUCAACUCACCCGCAUAUAGCAAUUUGACGCAGCAGCUGAUGGUGGAGACGAAGUCUGCGGUGGACACGCUGACGAGGGAGUUCCAGGAGGAGCAGGAGGCGCAGCAGGCGCGGGAGAGUCGUGUGGAGGGACCCGGAUUCCGCAGGGCGCCCAGCUUUGGCUACCUCAGCCAGUCUAGUGAUAACGACUCCUGUGGGUCAUCUCUCAAUAAUAGUGACUUCAUGUUUCCCAACCAGAAAGAAUUUGAACAGAUUGGAGAAAAAAUGGACCAACGACAACCUGUACAGACCAGAGUUGAAGCCAUUGAGCAGCUUGGCCGUAUCCCCCCCACAGAGGUUUUGUCUAGUGACAACUGGAGUCAGCUGAAGAAAGGUCUGAUGGAUGCUCUGGGGGAUGCAGACACAGAACUGGCGGACAAGAGUCUGAAGCUCCAUGCUCGCAUGUUCUCAUCAUCACAACACAGUAUGAACAGGGAGGUCUACACAAGUCUAGUGGAGCACUUGAACAUGCAGUUUACCUACAAGGGACAGAAGGGAGACCUGAAGACUGGUCUGGAUGUCACAAGUCCCAGUGCCUGUAGACUACUCCGCAGGUUCCGCCUGAUGAAUGAGUUCAUGUGUGUGGUGCCUUCCUACUGGAUCCGCUGUCCUGACAAAUUUUUGGAAGAAGUUGUGGACAGCACAUUGUACCUGUUACACACCCACCCCACCAAGGCCCUAGGCGGGGCGGAACCCCUCACACCUGUACACUAUCUGGCCAUGCUGGACAAGAAGGCCGGCUGGUUCAAAAAGUGGAUGCAUGGGAACUACAGCCGGACUGUUGUGCUUAGGAUGCUGAAAGAGAAAUACAGAGCCUUAAUCGACAAUGCAGUCAAGAAGAGUUUGGAGUUCUGUGAGUCCAGAAAACAACCUCACAAUCUCCUGGACGAGGUUACCAGUGCUCUGCAGAGAGAAAGCAUCAGUACAGAUGGCCAGCAAAAUGGUGAUGGGAAGAGGACGACAUAUACAGGUCCAGAGCUGGAGUACAUCUACUUCAUCCACUCCCUGUGCAUGCUGGGAAGGAUGCUGCUGUACUCCAAUGGCCGCGCCUUCUUCCCAAUUAAGGUCAAGGACAGAGAAGUGAAAGUGACAGACCUGCUGGUGUCCUUCGUGCAGCUGUUGUCACUCCCCAACCAAAGUACCAGACCAUACACAGGUUUGGAUGCUGCCUCUCUGGUAGCAGAUGUUCUAAAGAUGAUAGCAGGCUGUGAGGCUGCUCUGGUGGAGUGUCUGUGUAAGGAUGCAGUGGUCAGUGUGCUUCUGGAGCCGGUCAAGGCCAGGCUGAAACCCACCAAGGGUAAGAAGGCAGCUGGUGAGACCACUCUCCUGCACAUCGCUGACAUCCUGUCCUGUCUGGCCUCCUCACAGACAGGCAGGAGGAUGUUACUGUACGGAGAGGCUGGCAACAAGGCAGGCAGGCCCAACAAGAACAUCAGCUCCACUGCUGCCCACACCAUAGUGGAGUUUGCCACGCGUGCCCUGAGCUCCACCCUGCCCUCGGAAGAGUCAUCUCCGUCCUAUGAGGUGGUGGGUGCGUACGUGUUCGUGUGCAGGCAGCUGUACAGCACCUGUGAGGGUCUCUCUGUCAUGCACAGCUACAAACUACACACCUGUAUAGCUGAAGCAUGGAGAAUGGCCAGUCAUGAGGCAGACAUUGCCACCACCCCGCUGCCUGCAGUAGAGGGGGACCAGACAGACUCCAGACGUGUGCUGCUGUGGGAGGAGAGCCUCAUAGAUAACCUGCUCAACUUUGCUGCUACACCUAAGGGUCUACUGCUGUUACAACAGACUGGAGCCAUCAAUGAGUGUGUGGAUUACAUGUAUGCUCGCUAUGCCAAGAAGCUCCAAGUCAGCAAGCACGAAAAGUUUGGUUAUGGGGUCAUGGUGACUCAGGUGGCAGCUACAGCACCGGGCAUGGUGGCCUUGCAGAGUACAGGUUUCAUCAAAGCUCUUGUGAAUGAGCUGUGGACACAGUUGGAGUGUGGGAAGGAUGAUGUCAGAGUCAUCAGACCUAGCCCUAUCCCAGUGGACCCUAUCGACAGGACUGCACACAAGUCCUUCACCAGUCUGCUGAACCUGCUGUCAUCCUUCCCUGCCGUGUAUGAGGCGCUGGCUGAGCAGAAGCUGCAGAACGCAGAGUCUUACACCUUCAGGGACAUGCCCAACGACAUGGUGGGUUUGAUAGAGAGACUGAUACUGGUGGACACGCCUGCCAAGAUGCACGCCCUCUUCAACUACGAGCAGUCUCACACAUUCGGGCUGCGUGUGCUGAGUGUGAUGUGCUCCUGUCUGGACACCUUCCUGCUGCUGGAGACUCAGUACAAGGUGCAGGAGUCCCUGCUGGGCUGUCAGGCAGAGAACGUCAAGGAGGAGAGCAAUGAGCUGAUCAUUGAUGCCCUGUCUGUUGAGAGGAACCAUGUCCUGGUCAGGACGUACCUCAUCGGUGGUCCAUCGGAGAGGAAACUGCCCCCCAGGGUGCUGCUUGAGGAUGGGAGGGACCCAUACCCCUUCCCCCUGUUCUCUUCUUUCCCCAUCCCAAAGUCCUACACUACCACCAUGGCAGGGAGAUCAGCCAUGAAACAAGACAGUGAACUGAGUAGGUACCUCUCUCAGACCAAGACAGCUGAGAAGAACCAGGCCUGGCUGGACGGAUGUCGGAAGGCUUUCUGCAAAGUACUGACCUCCAAACCAGACCUGGCUAAAGCCAAUGUUCUGGUUGACAUGUUAGAGAAAGUGGUACAGGGUCAGAUCAAGGUGCAAGAGGAGACUAUCUUCCCCAAGGUGGACUACAAAGUCAUGGCGAGGGACAGGCGUGAUAUUCAUGGUAGUGACAAGGUGCUGAAGAGCCAGAGUCUGUCAGCUGUACAGCAGCUGGGAGUACAGCUCACCAUCAGGUAUGGCAGUCACCUGAACCUGGUGAAGAACACAAAGGACACCAAGGAGCAGCUGUCUCACCUGCUGAAACAGGUGCGCUUCUUCCUGCGCCAGCAGCAGAGGAACAUCGACUGUCAACUACGCCUGCUGCAGGGGGAGUAUGUCGGCCAUGACUGGUUCACCUCCACCCUGUUCCUGAUGAUGCUGGGGAAGUCUGAGCGCUGCUGGAACUUCCUACUCAAGUUCUCCACACUUCUGUCCUCAGGAUACCUGUGGAUGCCUCGGCUACACGCCUCCGCCCACCUGCCCGUACCCCUGACAGUGAGUGGGAUCCACCCUGUGUACUACUGCAGUGCCCACUAUGUGGAGCUGAUCCUCCAGGCUGAGGUGCCAGCUGUGGCCUCUGCCUUCAGGAUGUCUGGUUACACACCUUCUCAGAUCUGCAAACACUGGCUGCGACAGUGCUUCUGGAACUACCUGGACUGGCUGGAGAUCUGCCACUACCUGUGCACCUGCAUCGUGCUGGGGGUGGACUACCAGGUGUACACCUGCGUGGCCAUCCUCCGCCACCUGACACACGACAUCCUGCAGCACACGCAGAACCAGGACCUCCAGGUGUUCCUCAAGGAGCAGCCUAUCCCAGGGUUCCGUGUAGGAGAACAUCUGGAGUUCAUGCAGCAGCUGGAGGAGCGGUACAGACAGACUGUCCAGCCGGACAUGAGGAACCUUGCGAAACCCUGAGCUCACAGGCUGGACAUGAGGAACCUCGCCAAG